AUGUUCUUCCUACCAGUUGUGCUUCUUCUUACCAGAACUGUGAAUGCUUUCCAACCAUGCUCGAUUUUUGGUCCAGGAUUUCCUGCCCCUCACAACCUAUCUGUUUCUCCUAUAUUCAAAUCAGCUUCUGAUAACUUCACCUCUCUCAUCAAGUCCGUCAUUUCGUCGAGAAAAUCAAGAUAUGGCCAAUUUGACUCGAAUACAACGACCUUUUCUCUCCAGGUUUUCUCGACAAGUACCGAUACGCCUCUCUACGAGUUUCACCACACAGCACCAGGACUUGAGUACUCCGGUACUGGCGUUCGAGAGGUCGAUUCAGAUUCCAUAUAUCGAAUAGGAAGCGUUACGAAGCUGCUUACUGUAUACUCAUUUCUCAAUGCUGCUGGAGAUGCCAAUUUUCAUUACCCUGUCACACGAUGGGUGCCUGAGCUUCGAGCGGCAGCAAGCUCCAAUAACAGUACAAAAUACCCGGUAGAGUAUGUGGCCUGGGAUGAUGUGACUCUGGGUCAAUUGGCGGCGCAAAUGGCCGGCAUAGGACGCGAUGGCUCUCUCCAGGGGGAAAUCACACAGGAAACAUUGAAUUGGACUGGAUACGGCUUCCCACUACUAGAAAGCUCCUCGAUUCCAACGUGUGCAGCUGUUACACUAUGCAACAGAACAGAAUUUUUCGCAAUCUUCACUGGCAGACCACCGGUCUAUCUUCCGUCAACGACGCCGGUUUACUCGAAUGUUGCUUUCCAGAUUCUUGCCUACGCUCUGGAGGAGAUUGUGGGUCAGGCUUUUCCAGAGAUUAUUGAGCAGACCAUGCGAAAGGAUCUAGGUCUGAUGAGGACGGCACUCUCCAUUCCUACUAACGACACAUUCACCGCGAAUGGUGUUAUUCCACUCGGUCUUGCCAAUAGUCGCUGGGCUUUUGAUGGAGGAGAUGAAAAUCCAGCGAUCCUUCGCUCCACUCUACUUCCCCCAGAAUUGACAUUGCGUUGGAUGAAGCCAGUGGGUGCGCGGACUGCAGACCCUAAUCUGUUGGCUGGGGCUGGUUUCGAGAUUCUCACAUUCACUGAUCCUAGCACUAAACAAAUCACCGACUUAUACACCAAGUCCGACAAUUUAGGAAUUUACAGCUCUCUUCUGAUUCUUUCGCCCGAUUACGAUUUUGGCUUCACCAUUAUGGCAGCUGGAUUAAACAACUUGGAUACGGCACAAGCAGUUGGACAACUUCUUGUCGACCAAUUUGUUCCAGCCGUAGUCAAUGCUGCACGAGCUGAGGCAGAUUCAAACUAUGCGGGAACUUAUAUCAGUUCAAACCGUGCCUUGAACUCGAGCAUAAGGUUGUCGACCAUACCAUCACAACUCGGACUAUCCAUUUCUUCCUGGAUCAGCAAUGGGACUGACAUGCUCGCCGUUUCUGCAGAGUUAGUCCUCAGAUCACCUGGAUCCCCAGUCAAUGUCACGCUAUACCCAUCAAAUCUCAAGUCUCAAGCUUCAGAUGGGGGUUAUAAGCGCGAAUUUAGAGCCAUAUUUGAGGAUCCAACUGUAGAAAAUCCAGGAGGGUUAUUCACAAACAAGUGUCAAAGCUGGGUAUUCAUGGAGGAGAUCGUUUAUGGGCGGCUUGCACUGGACGAGUUUGUGUUCACAGUCGAAAAGGGUGGAUCUGCAAAGAGUCUUGUCUCUAGUGCGUUAAGGGAGGUCCUGAGUAGGCAGUAA